GUGUGUGUGUGUGUGUGUGUGUGUGUGUGUGUGUGUGUGAGUGUGUGUGUGUGUGUGUGAGCAGAUUGAUGCUUGUCUGCUUAUAUAAACAGGGAUGAUCAAAGUCCACGGCUGCUCUGUCCACAGUGCAUUGUGUUUGUUGAGCAUUUAGCACAUGGAGCACUGCAGCAGUACAACACACAGGUGAUUUACACUCGUCUCUCAGGACCCAACAUACACAAACUAUUAGAAAGUAACGGAUCAUGUGGAUUAAAUAUGUGCUUUUGGAUCGUUUGCUAUGAGACAUGUCACCUCACGAAGGCCAGAACUGUCAAGAGCUCAGUGUCUGAUGCCCAGGGUUGAAAAGCUCAUAUGAUCGUCACAGGACAGGCAGUAUGGGGACCUGGCAUGGCUGUGACGGAUAUAUAAGCGUCCUUAUCUCCAAAUGGGUCUCAUUGGUGCAGACACGAGGUCCUGCGUCAGUCCGAGCAUAUGCAUGUGAUGCCUAUAAAUCCCUGGCCCCGUUAAUGCUCUACGCUGCCACCCUGGUGGUCGUUGUUUUGUAUGCGCUCACAGAUCAGCUCCAUGACUUUGUGUGCAGGAUCUUCUUUCCACAGUACCAUUACCCAUACACUGCUCCUUUUGCCCUCAUACAGGUGCUCCUGAACAUCCUGGCCUUGCUGGGUCUUCGUUGUCUGGGUCUCGUUCGGCUCAAUCCGUUCUCUUGGAGACUAGCUGAGCGGCUGAUGGUACCCGCUGUUUGUGGUGCCGUCCAGUAUGUUCUGGCCCUGUGGGCGCAGGCGAGUGCACAUUCUGGAUUGUACCCCCUCACCGGGCGGCUCCUUCCUCUCUUCAGCCUGGCAUUUGGUCACCUGCUAGGAGUCAGCAAGCCUAAACCCGCCCAUUUCACCUGCUUACUCACGGCGAUCACUUUCACCUCUAUCGGAAUUACAGUGUACGACGGCGUUUACAACAUGGAGCUGCUGGAAUAUAUAUACUCUCCUCUAAGUCUGGUCCUUCACAGUCUCUCUCUGGCUUGGCUGUCUAAAGUCGCCCAGAUCGAGCGAAGAAAUGCUACGACUUCUGACCUCUAUUACACCCUGACAGUGACCCAAAGUGUGUUGCUGUUACUGCUGUGUGUGAUGCAUCCGGACACUCCAAAAGCCAUCGCGCAUGGCAGUUGGCACACACUGCUCUUUCUGGGAUACAUGUCAGCCGUGCUGCUUCUCGGCUCUGUACAGGUUUUUCUAGUGGGCAUAACGGCACUGAAGUACUCGCCGCUCGCCGCGGCUCUUCUACACUCCGCCAGAGGACUCGCGACACCUCUUAUUAACUUAUUAUAGCACAAAGACAACAUCAGAGAUGGUCAAGAACACAUCGUCAAUUUCCCUUUCGCUAAAUCCUAAUUAUUGGCUAGUUACGUUAGCUAAAUGAUGUGUUGGAAGAAAAAUGCACCACCACCACCACCACCACCACCACCACCACCACCA